AUGUCUAAGCAACUUUCCAUCGUUCUCCCAACAACCAUCGCCCUCCUGGAGCGAUUCCAAACCACUCUUUCCGCGCCCGCGCAAGAUGCUCCGGUCUCCGCUGAACUCACGGAAAAAGACGCCUUGCCCCUCCUCUCUGCAUCCUCCACGGCUCUUAAGUCGCAGGUUACCAAGCUGUCGCUUUUGGCGAUUACCUCGCCUCUGACCCAUUCGGCUGUGUCUACUGUUCUCUCGGCGUUGAAUGAAUCUGUGCUCCCGUCCCUCGUCACAGCGGCUUUACUCAUUACUCCGGCCAACUACACGAAGGCAUUCCACGCUGAAGUCCAGGUUUUGACGAAAACUGCUUUGAAGGAGGUAUCCUUGCUGGUUGCAGAGGUGAAGUCUGUCGCAGAGAAGAAGGAUAAGGCGAAGGACGAGGGAAAGAAAGAAAGCGAACUCUCUCAAUCGGAAAAGGAUGUCGUCACAGUAGCUACAGGCCGUGUGUGGGAAUCAUGCGAUGUUCUUGUCGAUGUGGCAGCCAAGGGUGUGGUGGGGUUUGUGGUGCGGCGGGUUGAGGAAUGGAGAGAUUUGGUCCGAGAUGCAGUGGAGGAGAUUGAAGAGUGGGAUCCUGACGAAGACGAAGAUGAAUUCUACGACGAGCUUCUGGGCGACGAUGGGAACAAGGAUGCUGAGGCAGGAUCCGACAAUGAGGAAGAUGACGAGGAAAGCUCCGCUGCUUUGCACGCCCACAAAAAGUCCACAAUGCGCAUCCUUAAACCUGUCGCGCAGAUCUAUCCUGCCAUCCUCAUGAACCGCUUGAAGAAUGCUGGAAACAAACCGCUAUCAUCGCCAUCAGGUGUCAACAAGCUGGAAUCAUUGAUGACGAACCUGCAGUCUAUCCCAGAAAAUAUCGACGAAGUAGCAGGAGCUCUUUACGAAGACAAUUUGGACAAGUGCACUCGGUACUUGAAGGACGUCCGGAGUAAAGCUACCCGAUCUUUGAACUUAGUUGUUCUGCCUUGGGGAUCAGUGGAAGGAAAUAACAGUCAAGAAAAGGCUGAGGAUAAAUUCACAACCUGGUCGAGAACAUGGAUGAAGGUCAUGGAUGAAGUCAGCAAAUCAGUCGACGAGACGAAAUGA